CUGCGGCUCCCGCGAGCGUCGAGGGCGUGGCGGCGAGGCUGCCGGCGGCCGGAGCCGCGCGGACUGUGUCCCGGCUGCCGCCCGCUGCUGUCUCCCCGGCCCCCGCUCCUCGCGGCGCCCCGGCUCCCGCUUAGCCGGUCGGGCCGCCCGGGCCUCGCCCCUUCCCGCCUUCCCUCCAUCCUGCAGCGGCGGAGCGCGCAGAUGCCUUGUAGACACCUUAGGACUUUCAAAACAGAGAAGACCUGCUGUUAGGAGAUAAUGCUGGGGGACACUAUGAAAUCUUGGAGUGAUAGCCAGUCAGACCUCUGUAGCAGUGACCAAGAAGAGGAAGAAGAGAUGGUUUUUGGUGAAAAUGAAGAUGAUUUGGAAGAGAUGAUGGAUUUCAGUGAUCUGCCUACCUCACUUUUUGCUUGCAGCGUCCACGAAGCGGUGUUUGAGGUGCAACAGCAGAAGGAGAGAUUUGAAGCACUUUUCACUGUCUAUGAUGACCAGGUGACAUUUCAGUUGUUUAAGAGCUUUCGGAGAGUCAGGAUAAAUUUCAGCAAACCAGAAGCAGCAGCAAGAGCGCGAAUAGAGCUCAAUGAAACAGACUUCAACGGGAAGAAGCUGAAGCUGUAUUUUGCACAGGUCCAGAUGUCCAGCGAAACCCGGCACAAGUCCUAUUUACUGCCGCCGCAGCCUGUCAAACAGUUCCUCAUCUCCCCUCCUGCCUCCCCGCCUGUGGGCUGGAAGCAGGGGGAGGACGCCACGCCUGUUAUAAACUAUGACUUACUCUGUGCAGUUUCCAAACUGGGACCAGGAGAGAAAUACGAGCUCCACGCAGGAACGGAGUCCACGCCAAGCGUGGUGGUUCACGUCUGCGAAAGUGAAACUGAAGAGGAAGAAGAAACAAAAAACCCCAAACAGAAAAUUACCCAGACGAGGCGCCCUGAACCUCCAGCCGCAGCACUGAGUGAGCCCCAGACCUUCGAUGGGGCGCUGUGAGGGGUCUGGCUGGGGUGCCCGCCGCUGCCCCCCCGGGGCCCCGCCCUAGAGGUCCGUGUCCUUCCCUGGCACAGCGCUGCUCAGCCUGUGUGGAGGGGAGGCUGGGUGU